AAAAUGUUCUAAAUUGAAGUACAAAGCAACAGGAUCAGAACAACUAUCACUAAAAUGCCAAACCCAGAAAAAACUGAAGAGAAUCCAUGCGAGAUUGAUUUUAACUGUGCAGGGGCAGCGAACAAAUCCGAUGAUAAAAAUAGUCCAUGUGAAGUGAAGAUAGAAAAAGGGGAAUCUCCAAAGGGAUCCAAGGAUGAAAAACAGUCAGCCAGUAAAUCAUCAUCAUCAGUAAAUGCAAAGAACCGAGAUGAUGAACAAGCAAGGAUAAUCAAGCAACCAUGCCCAGAUCAAUACACUGCACCAACAUGCGAAAAAGAAAGAACGAUGCCUCCAAACCCACGCCAAGCAUUUUCAAAAAAGAAAGGGAAAGAGACAGAUGAUGAAACCCCUAAAGAGGAUGCCAAAGAUGCGUGUGUACCGGACCCUUGUUUCAAAGCCCUGGAAGAUCCAAAAGCAAAAAAAGAUGAGGAUGAGAAAAAGCCAUGUUAA